GGUCGUAUUACCUUGAGCAAUAUCCUGAAGCAUUUAGCCUAUGAGGUAUCUGAGAAGUCUGAGGAGCAUGACUCACCUUUAACCUCUUGGUGUGGUUUGGACUGGCUAAUACAACUCAAUGAAAUUAAAGUGGUGUUAGUCACUCUUUCCACUGGUCGCCUUCCUCACAGGACAGCUAUGAACCAACCUGAAACGCCAACCAACCUGAGCCAACCACGGUGACAGCAUUGGCAAUGAUAUGAUGUAGUAGGGUAAAAAUAGAACCGUAACAUUAUAAGAGGCUCUGGAGAACCACAGUACAACACACAACCUCACACACAGACAGACCAACUGUCAUUCAUCUCCAGCCAAAAGCAAGUUCUAGAGAAGCCUAUAUAUUAUCACAUCUAACAGGGAGUCAGUCAACUUUCUCAUCUCUCUCUCCACUAUGCUCUACACACACAAGAUUAACAGUCUAAACAGUGGGGAUGUGUAUCUGGUGAAUGCCCACUGCGAUGUAAAGGAGAAGGACCAGGAGAAGAAGGAGUCCUACCAGGCCACUUGGCUAGACUUGGUGAUGGAAACAAGACCAGAACAACAGUAUGUAUAGUGACAUGAUAGAUCGUUUUAUAAAAUGUUGCUUUAAAUCACUGAUCCAGCUGAGUGCUGUUGUUCAUGUUCAAUGUGUGCCACAAAUUCAUUAUUAUCAUUCACUAAAUGAACACAUUUUCAAAAAGAUUAUAUUGGUCUUACUAAUCACGUGUCUAAGAACAGUAAGAACAGCAAUACACUUUCAGACUGCUCUUUAAAAAAUGUUAUUGCUUGAUUCCAGGACCACAUUGUUUGAAAAUGACUACUCGAGAAAGGAGACCUACAAUCAGAAACAGGUGGCUCAUUUCUUGGUCCAGAGAAACCCCAGUCAGCAGAUCAAGAUGGGCACAAGGGGUGGAAUGCUGAAGGAGUACCAGCUGCCAUACAAGAACGCCCUCCGUGUGCCCAUCUUCACUCCCAGCAAAGCCGCCUCGCCCAAAGACCUGUACAGAACUCCCUCUCCAUCAGAGUACAAGUCUAUCAUGGAGUUUGAGACGAUCGCCAAAGGAGUAUGUUCAGAUAAACAGGAGAUUUUCGAAAUCACAAAGGACUUGCCUAAAGUCUCCCAACCUAUCCGUGUUAACUUCAGGGCAUCUAGUCUUAUAUCCCCAACACGUGAGUUUUCACACUCCUUCAGGGGU